AAAACUUCCGGGUUCGUGGGGCAUCAAACCGGACGUCAAUCCAGGCACGGUGGAAAACAUGGCGCAUGCUGAGUGUUGUGUGUAGUUUCGUGGUUAAAGUUAAUGUGUGUGUUAAUAAUAUUAACAAAAGGUUAAUUGGUGAUUAGUCGGUGAGUGAUGGAGGGGGGAAAAGCGCGUGAUAAAGUGAAAAGGCCGCGGUUAGAGGAAGGAGGCGCUCCUGUAGAAGCUGCACGUGAGGAACAGAAGAGGAGGAAACACGCCGAGGAGCUGAAGGCUUUAGGAGAAGAAGAUGAGUCUGUGAAGUUGCUGGAGGAGCUGGUGUUCGGAGCUGAGGAGGAACUGCUGGAGCGCUUACAGCACGGUGAUGAUGAGAAGCAGGAUGAGGACACCAGUGACUCGGAGACGGAGAACGAGGCGAGGCUUCAUCCUCCCACAGAGAGGAAAGCCGUGUGGGAGGAUGAGGAUGAUGAGGUGGAGGAAGACGUGGACAUGAGGCAUCGUUUCCGUAAGGACUUCAUCCGGAGUGACGCAGAGGCCUCCAUGUCCAAACAUAGUCUGCAGCAGCGCCUCAAAGAGCAGUUCCAGAAGGCGAUGGGCGGAGUCCCAUCCUGGGCCGAGACCACCGUGAAGAAAAGCAAGAGGAAAGGUGAUGAUGAUGAUGAUGAGGAGGAGGAUGAAGAUGAUGAUGAUGAUGAGUUGCUGAAGAGGACGGGGAAUUAUGUUGCUGCCUCUGAAGCUCUCCCUAAAGGCAUUAUUAAGUUAAAGAAAUGUCUGAAUGCUAACAACGCUAACCCGGGUCAAGGUCUCCUGACCUCGGUGCAGUUCCACACGUCUGCUCAGGUGGUCCUCACCGCCGGCCUGGAUCACACCAUCUCCCUCUUCCAGGUGGAUGGUAAGACCAAUCCCAAGAUCCAGAGCAUCCACUUGGAGAAAUUCCCGGUGAAUAAGGCGUGUUUCAGCGCAGACGGAGAGCAGGUGGUGGCCACAGGCAUGUGGAACAAACUCUUCUACAUCUACGACAUGAUGGAGGGGAAGAUCAUCCCUGUGCCCAGGGUCAGAGGUCUCACUGAGCAGAGAGUGAAGGAGUUCGAAGUGUCUCCUGAUGGACAGUUCCUGCUCCUCACCGGUUCUUCAGGGUUCCUCCACCUCAUGACCAUGAAGACGAGGGAGGUGGUGCGCAGUAUGAAAGUUAAUGGCAAUGUGUGUGCAGCAGCGUUUAACUCGGACAGCAGUAAAAUCUUCACCAACUCAGAGGAGGGGGAGGUGUAUAUCUGGGAUGUGAGGAGCAGUAAGUGUGUGAACAGGUUUGCAGAUGACGGCUGUGUGACUGCGACGUCUCUCGCUGUGUCUAAAGACGACCGAUACCUGGCCUGUGGCUCCCAGUCGGGUGUGGUGAAUAUUUACUCCCAGAAGGAGUGUGUGAUGAACAGCUCGUCUCCUAAACCCCUGAAGUGUGUGAUGAAUCUGCUGACGGCCGCCACCUCGCUCAGGUUCAACCACACGUCUGAGAUCUUAGCCAUCGGCUCACGUGCAGAGGACGAAGCUAACCGCCUGGUCCACCUUCCCAGCUUCAGCGUAUUCUCCAACUUCCCUCUGUUCCGCAAAAAAACCAUCUACAGACCUCACUGCAUCGACUUCUCACCUCACAGCGGCUUCUACUCCAUCGCUAACAAUAAAGGACAGGCUCUACUCUUCAGGCUGCUGCAUUAUAAAGACUUCUGAAGACGUGUACAUCACACCAGGACGUGUAUGCACGCGUGUAUGCACGCGCACACACACGCGCGCACACACACACACACACACACACACAUUAUAACUUUUAAUAAAACUUUUUUUGCCCCAGA